UUGUAUUUGAUUAAACAAUUAUGAAAAAGGUGUUUUAACCAGGUGAUACGGAAUUGAUUGUUUGAAUUGAUUGACUUUUUACCACGAAUAAUUUUAAACCAACUUUGUAGUUACAUAUGCUUUGAUUGCCAAAUUAAAAAGAUGCAUAGUGUGGUCAUUUUAAUAAUUGCAUCAUUUCUUGGAUGUAAUGCUGACAAUACCAAAAGAGUUGUUCAGGGCAAUCAUGAUUUUACAACAAAAACAUACGAGGAACUAGUGAAAAUAUCUGGCAACAAUAACAUUGUUGUUAGUGGAUUAUCUGCAGAAAUCAUAUUGUCUCUGCUUGCAAACGGAGCCGGAGGAGAAACACACAAGCAAUUGUUGAACGGUUUGAGUCUACCCAAUAAUAUACGAGAUGUAAAUAAAGCAUUCCAUGAAAUAACAUCUGAUCUAAACAUUGAUAUACCAGAUUUAAAACUGCUAUCAGCAAACAAAAUUUAUCAAUCUCAAAGCUACCCAAUUGUACAAGAAUUCAAAGAUAUUGCUCGAAGUACUUAUUCUGCAGACGUAGAAAACCUAGAAUUGAACGACCCAGAAAAAGCCGCUAACACUAUCAAUGGCUGGGUUGAACAAAAAACUAACAACAAAAUCAAAAAUCUCAUUGAUCCUAAAAUAUUUGAAGAUAGGGACGUAGCAUUAGUAUUAGUCAAUGCUUUAUACUACACAGGAAAAUGGGCUUUUCCUUUCGAAAAACACAAUACUGCUGAUAGGUUGUUCUACAGUUCAUCUACUGAAUCUAAGAAAAUUCCUACAAUGUCUACUAAAAUAUUCGCCAAAUAUGCCUACAAUCCCAACGUUAGAGCUAAAUAUUUGCAGCUUCGAUUUAACCCCGGAGAUGUUAUUAUGACGAUUGUGUUACCCGACGAAAUCAACGGAUUAGCAGCUGCUGAACAGAAUUUAAAGGAAUAUUUGGCUCCUCAACAAAUGGAAGUUGCUUCUGUUAACGUCACCCUACCCAUAUUCAAAAUCGAGACCGAAAUUGAUUUUAUACCCAUCUUGAAGAAGUUUGGAAUUACAAGAAUAUUCGAAAACGAUGCUGACCUCUCACACAUGGCCAAAGGUCCAAUUAAAGUUAGCUCUGUUUUACAAAAGGCAUGUAUUAAACUUAAUGAAAAUGGCGUUGAAGCUGCAGCUGCUACAGCAGCAAUCGUAACAAAAACCUCCGCUGGAUUUACGACGAACAUACAGACAUUCAACGCUGAUCACCCAUUCCUUUUUUAUAUCUCUCAUAAUAAUUUACUGCUGUUUAUGGGAAGAUUUAUGCAAUGAGUUUAAUUUUAUUUAUUUAAAAAAAAAACCAACACAAAUUAAAAUUAAGCAUAAUAAUUGUAUAAUCAAAUUAAAAUAAAGUAUUGUUAGAAAGUAUGAAGGUGUUUAUAAGCUGAAGUGAUUGGCUUUAGGUAAUUCUUGUCAAAAUAAACUAAUAUAACCAAAAA